AUGAAUAAAUUCAUGUACUUUGCGUAUGGUAGCAACAUGCUUGCAGACCGGAUUCAUAUUCAAAAUCCAACUGCUGUAAGAAUUGGAACCGGCAAACUGAAUGCGUUCCGUUUAGAUUUUAAAGGAUUUUCAAAUUUUUGGGGCGGAUGUCCAUCAACAGUUGUUCCAGACCCUGAGGAACAUGUUUGGGGUGUUUUGUGGCAGCUGAAUACCAGUGAUUUGAGCAAUCUAGAUCAACAAGAAGGUGUUGAGAAAAAAAUCUAUGUACCAUUUGAGGCAAACGUUGUGACACCAAAUGGGGAUAAUGUAUUAAGUCGCUGUUACAUGUUAGUCAAUCAGCCUGCUAAACAAAUACCAUUGCCACUUGACAGAAGACCAUCAAAAGCAUAUCUAGAAACUAUAAUACUAGGGGCAAAUGAAAGUGGUUUACCAUUGGAUUAUUUACAAUUUCUUAAUGAAAUACUUGAUAAUGGCAAUGAUGGCCCAAAAAUGCCAUGGUCCAAGCGUGAACCACAAACUACUGAGUUGUAA